AUGACGGUUAAUCGUUUGCUUCAAAUUUAUAAAGAGAUUGAUGACGGGAAAAUCGACAAUGAUGAGGCAAGUGAUUUAAGUCAAAAAACAAAAUUUGUUUGGGCUAAGGAGGGUGAUGAAAACUCAAAAAUGUUUCACGGUUUGUUGAAGCGUAGAAGACGUCAAAUGGCGGUGUGUGGUAUUCUUAUUGAUGGUGUUUGGAAUACUCAUCCAAGUUCUGUUAAAAAUGAAUUCUUUAAUUUCUUUUGCGAAAAAUUGAAGGAGGUGUAUUUUUUGGUUUUUGAACUGAGAAGCUCUCGUUUUUCUUGCGUUAGUCCAGAGCAAAUAGAGGAGUUGGAUAAGAUUUUUUGUGAGGAAGAAAUAAAGCAGGCUAUGUGGGAUUGUGUGGUGGAUAAGGCACCAGACCCUGACAGGUGUAAUUUUUAUUUUAUUAAACGGUUUUGGGAUUAUCUCAAGGAUGAUGUGUUUAGUUAUACGAGUGAUCUUAGUAUUAGAAAGUACAUCCCUCCUGGUUUCAAUUCUUCGUUUACCACUUUAAUUCCUAAGGUGAAAUAUCCUAUCUUGGUUAAUGACUUUCUUCCAAUUAGUCUUAUUGGCAUUAUUUUCAAAAUCAUUGCAAAAACUCUUGCAAUCGUAUUGCUAAGGUGGUGGGUUCUUUAG